AAAGUAAAUUGUUUGCAGUAUUAGUUUAAAACUUUCGAUUGUCAAGGCGCUUAAGUAUAUCAAGCGUUCCGUUCAGGAUGGCUGAGCAGAAAUACAACUUGCUUAUAUCACAAUGUGAAAAACAUACUAAAAUAAGACAACAACCAUGGUAUUGUGAGCGCCUUAAUGCUAAAUAUAAGAAAAAACAUUUGUCAACAAAAUCAUGGACGUUUGUUAAAGAAGAUUUAGUUAAUGAUGGCCCAACAGUAGAUAGUGACUACAAUGAAACUAAGCCAAGUGAGAUUCAAAAUAUAAGAAAGUCGAAAAAAAAAAAAGUUUCCAAAACGCCUAAAUAUUUCAAUAAAGAUGAUGCAGUGUAUUUAAAGUCUCUUGCACGCACUUACAAAAAUAGAGAAAGGUUAAAAGGCUUGGAAAAAGAAUUACUUUCUCAUCCACUUGUUUUUUCUUCUGAAAUAAAAGAGUCUCUUUCACCAGAGUUGUAUGAAGACCUUGUAAAUAUACUUGAUCCUACACUGAAAAUAAAAGAAGAUGUUGAACUACUUUCUAAUACCUCAGAAAAUUCGCCAUUAUCAAAUAAAGUGUCUCAUCAUAUAGUUUCAAGUUCAAAUAAGAUCGAUGUUCCAACACUCAAUGAACCAUGCUCUGGAUAUCAUGAAGCCAUUCAAUCUGCUUCCAAUACCAUAUCAAAAAAAGUGGAAGAUCAUCCCAGCAGAGAUGACAAAAGAGUUAAAAACAAAAAGACACAGAUUAAUCAGCUUUCCAAGAUAGAAAUCGUUACAAAGGAUUUUUGUGAUUGGGUGCAUAAUUUGGGUGGUGAAGCUAAUAACAUAAGUGAGACAAAGAUAAAUGAACUAUUUGCCAGCAGCUGUGAAACUAAGCCUUCGUUAUCGAUUCCUGUUCAAGUAAUAGAAUUGACCACUGUUCCUUCUGAGCUAUGUGUUGGUGGUCAAUAUCCGUUAUCUGCUGAUACACUUGACUAUGAUGCACAAAAACCAAAUAGUAAACAUAGCCCAAAAAAAAUCAAAUAUGGGGCAUGGUACUUAGAUCCGAAAACAUGGUACCAAGAACAUAAGUCAAGUCUUUCUAGACAGCCCCUUUAUAGCCCAAAUAAUGUUUCAACAGAUGUAGCUUCAGAAAUGAAAAAUGAAGAGAUGAAUGAAGUUCUUUCUUCAUUGCAUGCAGUUAAAGUUUUUCGUGAAUUCAUUGAAAAAAAGGGUUUUCGUAAUCCUGAGUUUCUUAAAGAUGUCCCGUUGGACAAUGACGAUAAUGUAGCUCAUAAUGUAGCUGAUAGUUCGAAAUGAAGACCAUUUUGUAGUAUAUUUAUGCAGGUUUCCAUUUUAAAAUGUUAAUGUUAUGUAAAAAUUUUAUAUCAUAUUUGUAUUAUAAUUAUUAUUGUACAACUUAUAGUAAAUAUAUAGAGAAAUUUAAUAUU